AUGUCUGCCCCGUCACCGCCAAAGCCGUGGGAAACAAGUGGAGGCGCAACCAGUGCCUCGGUUGGUCUCGCAGGGUCGAGUAGCAGCACAACAACAUCAGCCGCACCGUCGGCGGGCGCACCUCCACCACUGCCAUCAGUACCAGAUUCGCUCGGCGCGGUCGCAAACAGAAACGCUUCGACGUACUCCAACAUGAACAGGGGCUACGGCGCCUCGCCCUACAGCAGCUAUGGCGGCGGCUACAGCUCGCCGUACUCGAGCUUCGGUGGCAUGGGCUCGAUGGGCUCAAUGUACGGCGGUGGAUACGGUGGCAUGUAUGGUGGCAUGAACGGCAUGGGAAUGGGCGGCAUGUACGGCGGCAUGGGCAUGCCCGGCGACCCGAACAACCCGCAGAGUCUCACGCAGUCGUUCAGCCAGAGCACGCAGGCAACAUUCCAGCUGAUCGAGAACAUUGUCGGCGCAUUCGGAGGCUUUGCGCAGAUGCUGCAGAGCACGUACAUGGCCACACAUUCCUCCUUCUUCGCCAUGGUCUCAGUCGCCGAGCAGUUUGGCAACCUACGACAGACACUCGGCUCCGUACUGGGCAUCUACACAGUCAUGCGAUGGAUACGGACGGCGAUUGCGAAACUCACAGGGCGGCCUCUACCAGCGGAUGCGAUGGGAUUGACACCUGCAGGCUUCGCUGCGUUUACAGGAAAGUUGCCUGACGGCUCGCCAGCGCCCCCGAAACCCUCGAAGAAGCCCUUCUUCUUCUUCAUCGCCGCUGUCUUCGGUCUGCCGUAUCUGAUGGGCAAGCUGAUCAAGGCCCUCGCACGGUCGCAAGAGGAGGCAGAGAAGCGACGCAUGCUGGAGAAUCCACAGGCUGCAGAGACUGUCGAUCCGAAUAAGCUCGAGUUCUGCCGUGCGCUGUACGACUUUACACCGGACUCGAACAUGUCUGGCAUGGACUUGUCAAUCAAGAAGGGCGACAUGGUUGCGGUGUUGAGCAAGAGCGAUCCUAUGGGUAAUGCAUCAGAGUGGUGGAGAUGUCGCUCGAGAGACGGAAGAAUGGGAUACCUUCCCGGUAUCUAUUUGGAGACGAUUCAGCGCAAGCAGCCUGCUCAGAUCACAAGCGGAAGUCAGAGUGGCAGUCCAGCAGGCAGCAGAGCACAGACCAUGACAAGCAGCAGCGCCCCGAGCCGGACUGCUACCAUGACUGGGGAAUCAGUCGAGGGGCCAAAGGUCGAAGGCAAGGCUGGCGAUAUGGGAGUAGAGAGCUUUCAAAAAGGAGCCUUCUACUCGUAG